AUGGCAACCGAUACCUUGUUCGAAGUUCCGGUUCUCGACACGGUCUCCCCGGAGGGCAAUCCUCCAACUGGCAAAAUCACCUGCACAACACCCUCCGCAGGCGUCUACCUCCUCACAUUCAAUGCGCCUCCUGAUAAUCGUCUCACCACCCAGUUCUGCCAGGCUGUUCUCCUCGCGCUCGAUAUCUUGGAAUUCUCGCAUCCCACAGGAGUGUUGAUGACGACCUCCGCAAUCACCAAAUUCUACAGCAACGGGCUUGAUCUCAACCAUGCUACUUCAACACCGGGGUUCUUCUCAUCCAGUCUCUAUGCUAUGUUCAAACGGUUCCUAACAUACCCCAUGCCAACAGUAGCAUUAGUAAACGGACAUGCCUUCGCCGGCGGUUUUAUGACGGCGAUGUACCACGACUACCGUAUAUUCAAUCCAAGCCGUGGCUUCUUAUGCCUGAACGAGCUCGAUCUUGGCGUGCCUCUCCGUCCCGCCAUGUCCAGUAUUUUCCGCCAAAAACUUACUCCCGCUGUGUAUAAGGUGAUGGUUAUAGAAGCGAGGCGGUUUGGGGCCAAGGAAGCUCUCGAUAGUGGUAUCGUCGACGGCCUUGGGGGUCUUCAGGAAGCGUUGAAAUUUAUUGAAGAGAGGAAAUUAGUAACCAAGGGAUCGACCGGUGUAUAUGGUGAUCUCAAGGCCGAGAUGUUUCGGGAGACUGUGGGCUAUUUGGAUGGGGAUGAAAGAGAGGAGGAACGGAGUCGGGGGCUUUAUAAAAUCGAGGACCAAAGGAGAAAGGAGGGCAACCGUCGCGUUGAUGAGUGGAAGAGAAGCAAAUCCGGAGCUAAGUUAUAG